GUGGGACUAGACACCUCCUGAGCUCCCUUCCCACCCUGAUAUUCUAUGAGUCUAUGAACCCCAAAAGCGGAUCAGUUAGACCAGUGCAAAGGGGCCACAUGCACUUUGAUACUGGUAUGGCUGCGUCCAGCGCGGUGAUUUGAUCGUACCAGGCUCGUUAAAGCGAUGCGACUUUCCAGAGAACGUCAGGGGCUGGUUACUUCUCUGUAGGCAGGUGGGGGUGUAGCCGUGUCAGUCCUAGGAUCUAGAGACCGAAGCGGGGUGAGCGAAUAUCUUUUAUGGGACCCACUUGUCUCUAAUUUCUUCUCUAGGAGCCUGUGACGGGGUGCACUUGCCCCGCGCUGGAGAGGAAGGGGUUAAGCCUGCACUCCUGCCAGCGGAAGCCACGCCCCCUCGCCCAGCUGGGCACGCUCCAGUAUAAAAGGGCGCGGGCAGCCUCACUCCAGGCUGACCGCCAGCGAGGAAGGACGCACCUCGCCGGUUCCAGCCCAGGAACAGCCAGAACCCUGAGUGCGGGAGCCAGAGGCGCCGAGACCCAGGCAGACGCCCGGGUACCUGCGGGCGCACGAGGGAGGUCGGCACGGCCAGGACCAGAGCUGGCUGAGGACCCCGGAGACCCCAAGGGCGUCCAGACGGCAGCAUUGGGGAAUGCGCCCCCUGAGCUGCCCUGACCCCAGCCGGGAUGAGCAAAGUCCUGUUUCUGGCCUUGUCCCUGCUGCUCUGCUGCACCCUGGCUCACGGCCUCGUCUGCAGGGUCUGCAAGUUCCAGGUGGGCAGGCUCUGCUUCCACUCCCGCAGCCCCUGCACGGCGCAGGGGCAGCAAGUCUGCGAGACCACCAAGGCCUACAUUGGCAAGGUCCCGCUGUUCUCCAAGUACGGCUGCAGCCGGACCCGCGAGACCUGCAACAUGACGGAGCAGAAGGACACUGUCUUCGAGGUCAGCUACAAUCGGACCUGCUGCGAGACAGACCUGUGCAACGCUGCUGGCCCCACCCGGGCCGCUGGGCUCCCCCUGCUCUCUGGGCUGGGAGCCCUGCUGGGGUGGUGGUUGCUGAAAUAGCCCCCGGCUCUCCUCUUCCCAGCCCUAACCUCCAUCCCGUCUCUGCUACACGCUUUUCCCUCCCAAGUCCGCCUCGCCACAGGCUUUGGUAGCAGGCUCCACUCCACCCCCUCAAGUCGCCUUUUCCUCUGGUCUUCUCUAUCCCACAAGUAGCUGCCUCUCCUUUAUCAUAUCCUCUGUAGGCCCCCCACAGCCUAGAAAGGGGACCAGGGAAACCCAGCUACUACAGACAGGAUGUUGUGGGGAUACCUCAGCACCCCCUGAAUCUGCCAGCUGCCUUCUGAAGGGUUUUGAGACCCCCCCCCAAAAAAAUCUAAUCUCACCUUCUGGCCUGUGUCUUGAAGGGGUGAGGUGAUGACUGACCCUGAGCAAAAGCAGAGAGACGUUUGCUAUUUUAGACACAACACUGGAGGGGAAGCCUCUGCCAACCCUAGCUCAGGACAGGUCUGAAUACCCCAUCGUCCCACGGGCAGGAGAUCAUCCUCAGCUUUUCCACAGAGGCUGGUGGGACAAAACCCUGAGAUCCUAUGGUUGAGCUGGAGGCAACUGUACCCCCAAAUCUCCCUUGCUCACCCACAGUUCUCCUGAAGGCAUAUCCCCCAAGGUAAGAAGCAUAGGCAGCUCCUUACCCCCACCCCCACCCCUAGUGGAGAACAAAGGUCCCAGAUCUUUGUCCCAGACAUCAGACAGUGGGUUGGUUUGGGGUCUUCUGUGGUAUCUCAAGACCUGUGGGAAGUGCUGGAUAAUUGAGUCCUUUAGGCCUGAGCAGAGGAUGAAACUGUGGAUCCUAGGAGCCCCACACUGCUUGUUCCCAUUGGGAACAGCCGCUCAAAAUCUCCAGCGGAGAGCAGGUGGCCUUCACAUCAUCACUUCUGAGCACUCCCGGGGCAUGCCGGGGAGAUGACAAAGCUGGAGAAGGCUAAAGGUUGGCUACAGAGGCAUAAACCCACGGGGUCCUUUCUGGUGUGUCCAUUAUACCCAUCCACGCGUCUCCGUGACCGAACCAGCUCGCUAUGGCGUCUGUUCAGAAAGCGUCGCUUCCCUCCAGAGGUCUGAGUGGUUUUUUAAUACUUUGUAUGUACAGUGAAUGGAAUAAUUAAAACAAAAAAGUGGCUUCCUG